CGUCACAAAAAGCGCGCCAACAAGACGCGGCCGCCAUGUUGGCGCCGUGAGGGGAAACUUUCCGCCGCCAUGUUGGCGCCGUGAGGGGAAGGUUUCCGCCGCCGCGGCCGCCAUGUUGGCGCCGUGAGGGGGAAGUUUCCGCCGCCAUGUCUGCACCGUGAGGGGGAAGAAGCCGCCGCCGCCAUGAAGCCGCCGUUGCGGCGCCGCUUUGUCCCGUCGCGUUUCGCGGCGGUGCCGCCGAGCCCCGAGCGGCCGCAGCGCGGGGCCUGGGGGCAGCGGGAGAAGCGGGCGCUGCUGGCGGCGCUGCGGGCCCAGGCUGAGCGCGGCCUCUCGGAGCAGCGGCUGCCGGCGGCGCUGAGGGAGCAGCUGCCCCGCAGGAGCGAGGCCGAGAUCCGGGCGCUGCUGGUUCGGCUGCGGGGCCGCGCCGCUCGCGAGGCCCUGACCUCGAAAUUCCGGAACUUUCUGCGGCUCCAGCGCCAGAUCCGCGCCCCCAUCCAGGUGUGGCAGGACCUGACCGAGACCCUCGGGGGAGGGGUCCUGGAGGGUCCCCCCAGCGCCGCCUUCUCCCAGGUGCUGACGGUGGCGGCCACGGAGCCCCUGAGCCUGGAGCUCUCCAGACCCCCCCAGGAGUUGGGGACCCCCUCCCCAAAUUCGGGGCCCCCCAGGGAAGGGGAGACCCCCUCCCCAAAUUCGGGGUCCCCCCCAAACCCCGGGGGUCUCCAGGUGGAUUUUGGGAGGAUUUACGAAUUCCUGGCGCGGAUCAGCGCGGGGGGGGAGGGGCAGCCCCUGCCCCCUGCAGAGUCCGCCGUGGUUCUGGCCUUACUGGGAGCGCUGCCGGCGGAACUGGGAGCACUGGGAGCGCUGGGGUCGCUGCAGCAUCACCUGCGGGGGGUCUGGGGGUCCCUGAGGGGCCCGGCCCCGCUGCUGCCGCCCCCCCUGAACCCCCUGCUGGUGCCGCUGGGGCUGCUGGGGCGGGCGGGCUGAGAACUCCUGAAAAUUCGGGGGUCCCAAAAUUCCCG